UAGUAGUUUAUAGAUGUACAACGGUACUGAAUUUAUUGCAGCUCGAUUUCGACAGCUAUUAAACCACAAAAGGGUUAUCAAUUUCCUCGUGGAACCCCUGCGAAAGGUCAUUCCAUAUUAACACAGGCGAUUGUUGACUCUCAGUUGAUUUCCACUUCUUCUAACACACAGACAUGGCAGCCAAUGGAAAGUUAGCGCUUCUCAGCGUCUCCGACAAAACCGGCCUAGUGCCUCUAGCAAAAUGCCUGUCGGACAUCGGACUUGGUCUCGUCAGUACUGGAGGCACAGCGUCCGCGCUCCGCGCCGCAGGCCUGCAGGUGCGCGACGUGGCCGAUAUCACUGGAGCCCCGGAGAUGCUCGGUGGACGGGUCAAGUCUUUGCAUCCUGCAGUACACGGUGGCAUACUGGCGAGGCUAACUGACUCCGACCAGGCUGACAUGAAACGCCAGAAGUUCGACAUGAUAAGCGUAGUUGUGUGCAACCUGUACCCCUUCGUCGACACCGUGGCCAAGCCCGACGUGACCAUCGCCGACGCUGUGGAAAACAUCGAUAUAGGUGGUGUGACGCUCCUUCGGGCCGCGGCGAAGAAUCACGACCGUGUCACGAUCUUAUGUGAUCCUAGUGAUUAUGUUAGUGUUAUUGAGGAAAUGAAGCAGAAGAAACAGACUUCUUUGGAAACUAGGCAAAAGUUGGCCCUGAAAGCUUUCACCCACACGGCAGAGUACGACACGGCGAUCUCCGACUAUUUCCGCAAGCAAUACUCCGCAGGGAAGGCUCAGAUGACCUUACGUUAUGGCAUGAACCCGCACCAGAAGCCAGCCCAAGUGUUCACAACCCGCGACCGCCUGCCGCUGACCACCGUCAACGGUUCCCCCGGGUUCAUCAACCUGUGUGACGCGCUGAACGCGUGGCAACUAGUCCGGGAACUGAAGCAAGCGCUCGGGGUCCCGGCCGCCACUAGCUUCAAGCAUGUGUCGCCCGCUGGCGCCGCUAUUGGGUUACCUCUUACGGAGCAGGAGGCCGCAGUAUGCAUGGUAUCCGACCUGCUCCCGUCCCUCACGCCGCUGGCCUGCGCGUACGCGCGCGCGCGCGGCGCCGACCGCAUGAGCUCGUUCGGAGACUUCGUGGCCCUGUCCGACCACUGCGACGACGUCACCGCCAGGAUCAUCUCCAGGGAGGUCUCCGAUGGAAUCAUCGCCCCAAGCUACAGCAAGGCAGCGAUGGAUCUGUUGAAGAAGAAAAAAGGUGGAAGCUAUUGCGUUCUGCAGAUAGACCCCGCCUACGACCCAGCCCUCCUAGAACAUAAGACCAUCUUCGGUCUAACCCUAGAACAGAAGAGGAACGACGCUGUAAUCACCCCGGACUUGUUCAAGAACGUCGUGACCGACAAGAAGGCGCUGCCUGAGAACGCUGUUAGAGACCUCAUCGUGGCUACGAUCGCGCUCAAAUAUACGCAGAGCAACUCUGUGUGCUUUGCUAGGGAUGGCCAGGUAAUCGGCAUCGGAGCUGGCCAACAGUCCCGCAUCCACUGCACCCGCCUAGCGGGCGGCAAGGCGGCGCUGUGGUGGUCUCGCUCGCACCCGCGCGUGCGCGCACUCAAGUUCAAGCAGGGCGUCACGCGCGCCGUGCAGUCCAACGCUAUCGACAACUUCGUCAACGGGACCAUUGGUACAGACAUGCCGUUAGCGCAAUGGGAGUCCCUGUUCGACGGGCCUGCGCCUGCGCUGCUCACGGAGCAGGAGCGUAGCGAGUGGCUCACGCACCUCGACAAGGUGGCGCUCGCUUCGGACGCCUUCUUCCCGUUCCGGGACAACAUCGACCGAGCUGUACAGUGCGGCGUAGAGUACAUCGGCAGCCCGGCCGGCUCCAACAAUGACGCGGAGGUCAUCACGGCCUGCAAUGAGCACAAGAUCACGCUCGCACACACCAACCUCAGACUGUUCCACCAUUAA